CUCCCUCAGUUGCCCAGGGCACGCAUACACACAUCCUCUUAUAUACACACUCGCAGCUGUUGGUACUUCUCUCUCUGAUGAUGGCCGAGGAAUGAAGUCAGCAGAAUCAGUGGUCUGAUGGCAGCUUGACCAAAGAGCAUCUACAUGGAAAAUCUGGACAGACAAGUGGACCGACUGGUUUUCUGAUUGGCGCCUGGCCCUCACUUUUUGUUGUUCAUAUCCUGCGAUUUCUCUCUGCCGCCUCCUGGUCUCUCUCUGGGAGUCGGUGUUGUAGUUUUGAGCGCAGGCACUGGGCAACAGAGGAAAGCAAAGACAUGUGUUUUGCGUCAGCCGCCUACUACUGCUGCCUGUUCUCUCCCAUUCACUGACCAAAGAGGAAAUACAAGGUGACAGUUGGUGCAGCAGCCAGAGAGUGAGCAAGUGAAGCGAAGCAGGCAUGAGCGUGGCCAGCCAUCAGGGGGUGGUGACCACCCCUCCUCCAUCCGGUGGAGGGACCAAAGAGCGCUACUUUGACCGGGUCAACGUCAAUGAUCCAGAGUACAUCAAGGCCAGGAACAUGUCGCCUGAUCUCCGGCAGGACUUCAACGUUCUGGAGCAGAAGAAACGAGUCACACAGAUACUACAGAGCCCCGCCUUCAAGGAGGAGUUGGAGAGUUUGAUCCAGGAGCAGCAGCGAAAGGGAAACAAUCCCACUGGCCUGUUGGCCCUCAGACAGAUCGCUGACUUCUUCAUGGCUAGCUCAGUGGCUGGUUUCAACACCUCCCCUCUCAGUCUGGGGAUGGUCACUCCCAUCAACGACAUGUACGGAGUGGACUCCACCUCGAUGGUGAAAGGCGAGAAGCUGACGCGCUGUAAACUGGCCAGCCUCUACAGACUUGUGGACCUGUUCAGCUGGGCACACUUUGGCAACUCUUAUAUCACAAGCCGAGUCAGUAAAGAGCAAGACCACAUCCUCAUCAUCCCCAGAGGGCUGUCAUUCGCUGAGGCAUCUGCAUCAAACCUAGUGAAGGUCAACAUCAUCGGAGAUGUUAUUGAACAAGGCUCCACCAACCUGAGGAUCGACCCUGUAGGGUUCAGCCCUCACGCUGCCAUCUACUCCAUGCGUCCAGACAUCCGCUGUGUCAUACACGUGCACACUCCUGCCACGGCUGCUGUGUCAUCUAUGAAGUGUGGUAUCCUGCCCAUUUCCCAGGAGGCACUGAUCCUAGGUGAUAUCGCCUACUACAACUACCAGGGCAGCCUGGAUGAGCAGGAGGAGCGCAGAGAGCUGCAGAAAGCCUUGGGGCCUACUGCGAAGGUUUUGGUGCUGAGGAAUCAUGGCGUGGUUGCUCUCGGGGAGACCAUUGAAGAAGCAUUUCACUACAUCUACUGUGCCCAUUACGCCUGUGAAAUCCAGGUGAACGCCAUUUCAUGUGCUGGCAGCGUGGACAACCUGAUCAUUCUGGACCCAGAAAAGUACAAAUCCAGAGUGUUUGACGUCGCCACACCGGCUACUAUCAACAUGGCUGGCCAGUUUAAGUGGAAGACUGGGGAGUUGGAGUUUGAGUCUCUGAUGAGGAUGCUGGAUAAUCUGGGCUACAGGACAGGUCACACCUACAGGCACCCCAUCGUCCGGGAGAAGCCGAGGCACAAGAGCGAUGUGGAGAUCCCCGCCACCGUCUCCGCAUUUAUGUUUGAGGAGGACGGGGAUGACGGUGCCACACGGCUGCCAUUCAAGUUCCUGCAGCCGCGACAGCAGAGGGACAAGACACGCUGGCUCAACUCGCCCAACAGCUACACCAAGGUCAGCGUGGACGGCGGAGAGGAGCGCUACAACAUCCGGACAACCACGUGGAUGAAGGCGGAGGAGACGGGAACCCCAAUCCGGAUCGAGGACCCCAACCAGUUUGUCCCUCUCAACACAGACCCCAGUGAGGUGCUGGAGAAGAGGAACAAAAUCAGAGAGCAGAACCGGUUUGAUAUGAUAUCAUCCGGGCCACGUUCCCAGCAUCUUGCAGGCAUCCCUGUUGAUGAACCACGACGGCCAUACGUGCCCACAGAGGAGGAGCAGAUGGCUCCCCUGCCCCCCAACCCCUUCAGUGAGCUGUCAGAGAAGGACCUGGAGGAGUACCGCAAGAACGUGGAGAGGGGGCAUCUGAGCCUCAGUGAUGGCGAGCACGAGCUAACCCCAGAUGACGGCUCCACUCUCUCUCAGUCUCUGUCUUUCACCCAGUCCCCGCAAAGCAGUCCUGCUAAAGAAGAGAUCCACAUGGCCCCGAUGAAUGGCAAAAACAACCACGGUGACGUGGACAAGGAGAUGUCCAAGCGUGUCAGCCAGCUGACCACCAGCAUAGAGAGUGUAGAGAUCACGGUGCGCUCUGGCGAGAAGAUCGAAGAGGCGCUGUCGCCCGAAAGCUCGCCCUCCAAGUCCCCCAACACCAAGAAGAAGAAGAAAUUCCGCACCCCAUCCUUCCUAAAGAAGAACAAAAAGAAAGAGAAGACGGAGGCCUGAGAGCGAACAGGCAGCAGGGGCGAGGUAGACAGGAAGCCUGUCUGCACAGAAGAAGAAAGAGGGGCAGCAGCCACCUGUUCUGUUUAAUGUCUGCUUUUAUUUUGUCUCCAUCAAUGUCCUAUUUUUGUUUUUAAUUUUGAUUUUUUUUUUUAGAAAAAAUGGUGCAAAGGGCAGAAGAAAGGAUUACAAAAAAUGAAUUGGUUUGUAACAAAAAAGAAAAGGUCUCGUCUACACAAAGAAUGAUAUUUGGGAAACUUAGGGUGGGUUUGAGGCCACAGAUUAAAAACUGCAGCAGAUGUGGAGUGGCUAGCAGCAGGUGUUGGGUGUCUGCACACCCGAUCACCUGUGCAGUACUCUAGCAGGGCUCCUGGGAAGCCGUUAACUGUCAUUUGAGGCCAUUUACGUAGAUCCUAAAUAAGUGGCUCCUCCUCUGUGCUGUUUCCCAGGCUCAAAGCAGAACCUGAAACCGCAUUGCAUAUUUCCUGCAUAUGAAAUGAUUGAAUUGCAGUCUAAGUGCUGUAAAGCUGCACAAGCUGAAAUUAAACCUUUUUUUGUUUGUUUUCUGUAAAGACUCCUCACUCUUUAAAGGUUUUUUUUGCAUUCUGGUCACCUGAGCCUGCAUAGGGAACUGAGAGGCCACAUGAAAUUUGAAGUCACACUGGAAAACUGGCCUCAACAUCAGCCGUGGGGUUUGUGUUGAUGUAUAUACUGUGAGAGAAGUUUUCUCUCUGCCUCAUUCUCUAACACUCUUAAGGCUUCAUUAGGCACAAGCUUCUAAUACAAACCUUUCAGCUUGAUGUGGUUGAACUGCAGAUGAGUUACUGGUGAGCGACUGGAAGUGUGUCACGACUAAGUUGGCAUUAUCUCAGAGAGCUGCUCAGCCACUUUUAAUAUUUAUGUAGCAUUUUCAUAUAAUCUCAUCUUCAUCUCAUUUUUUUUCCAAACAUAAUGGAAGAGUGCAAAAAACAAACAAUCUCAUUUUAGUAAAGGGUCACUUUUUGUGUCUGGUUUGACAUCUCAUGAAAAUGUAUCUUUUUUUACACAAAUUUGGUAUUAGUAUUAGUACUCAUUGCAUGUUUUCUCGUUUCACAAGAACUCAAUUUAUAUGGCUGACUAUGUUCUGUAGUGAGACCUGAUUGCUCAAAUUAUAUUCUAGUCUUCAGAGUACACAAAUUUACUAUAUAACACGUAUAUGAGAGCUGGAUUACAUUGGCUAUAGAUUUUUUAACUGUAUUUAUUUUAUUGUCCUGCACUUUUCUUAUAACAAGUUUCAGUUGCAGGUGGUUUCGCCAGUGAAGGAGAUUGUGAAGUGUUCGGUAAAAGUAGAGCAAGUAGCAAGCAAAACAUGGUGACAGGUCAGGACCCAGAAAGUGAGCUGUUGGUCGCACAUGAGAAAUGAUCUCAAUUGUUCAACUCAAAAAUUAAAAAAACAGGAAGUAUAGUACUGCACUGCUACAUCAAGCUAUCUUCCAUUACCAGUUUGUGGAGUUGGGAGCGGUGAUGUCUCUGGUGUGUUUGUGUGUGUGUCUCUAAAGCCAUAUUGUAAUUUUUUUCACUGUUUUCUUUUUCAUUGAUGAAACAAGGGUUGUGAUUCUCGUUUGCUUGCUCGGGCGUCAAGGACCCUAUCAAGACUUCUCUCAAAUUACCCCAGUGACUGCAUCGACACCCCUCAGGUUCCAAAACCUUUAUUUUCAGUAGCUACAUUCACAGCAGCCAUGCUUCCUCACAUAACUUGCCAUUUAUUUUGUCCUGGAACCGGAAGAUUAUAAAGAGGUCAUAUGGACAUUUUAUUUUUAUUUGAUCUCUGUGUGAACCCGGUUGUCAUUUCACUUUCUAAAGCCUCCCCUUGCGUAAUUUCUUGGGUAAAA